AUGGCGGCACAAGCGCAAGGAAAGGAGGGCGUGCCUUCCUCAGCGGGACACGCAGCCGCAUCCAAGAUCCUCCCGCUGGAGCUCAUCGACCGGUGCAUUGGUUCGAGCAUCUGGGUCGUCAUGAAGACCAACCGCGAGUUCACGGGGACACUGCUUGGCUUUGACGACUUUGUCAACAUGGUGCUGGAGGACGUGACAGAAUACGAGACAACGCCAGAGGGCAAGCGCAAGAAGACGGCUCUCUCUCAGACACUCCUUAAUGGCAACAGCAUCUGUCUACUCAUUCCGGGAGGGCAAGGGCCAGAGGACGAGUAG